CGUGCCUUGUUCAACCCGCUUGUUAUCACAUGUCCACGGGUCACAUGUUCCACACAAAAUAAGGUAAUCUACAUCCAGCAUAAUAAUCUGUUACAAUUUCCUCUCCUGGCGUCCACAACGAAAAAGCAAAAAGAGUAGAGAAAUGGGGCAAGCGACACCGGCAGAGACAGAAUCGGCGGUUCCGGCCUCUGCCGCAAGCAUCGAAAAGGACUUCAAGCUAGUCGGCUACUCCAACUUUCUGCGCUUCAAUCCCCGAAACGAUCGCUUCCCAGUCCUUGGCUUCCAUCACAUUGAGUUCUGGUGUGGCGACGCCAUCAACACCGCCGGCCGCUUUUCCUUUGGACUCGGCAUGCACCUCGCAGCUCGAUCCGAUCUCUCCACAGGCAAUCCAAUCCAUUCAUCCCUCCUCCUUCGCAGUGCAUCCCUUCAAUUUCUGUUCUCAGCCCCAAUCACCUCCUCCGAUCCCCCGCUAUCCUCGCAAUCUCAAUCCCCCCUUCCUUCCUUCUCCCUCAAAGCCUGCCACCGUUUCACCAAGGUCCACGGCUUAGGCGUUCGAGCCAUCGCCAUACGUGUUUCCGACGCAUUCUCGGCCUUCCAGCUCAGUGUCUCCCACGGCGCCCGCCCUGCUUUCCCUCCCGCUGAUCUCGGGCUUGGCUUUUCCCUCUCUGAAGUCGAGCUAUACGGCGACGUCGUCCUUCGGUUCAUUAGCCACCCAAACCCUUCCCCUGAUUCCCCCUCCUUCCUCCCCGGAUUCGAGGACGUCCCCGCUCCAUCCCCCAGCUUCGAAUGUGGCAUCCGCCGCCUCGACCACGCCGUGGGUAACGUUGAUGAUCUUGCCUCCGCAGUGAAAUACAUCGCGGCAUUUACAGGAUUCCAUGAGUUCGCCGAGUUUACCGCAGAGGAUAUCGGCACGACGGAGAGCGGAUUGAAUUCGGUGGUGCUCGCGAACAACGAGGAGACGGUGCUAAUUCCAAUCAACGAACCGGUACACGGGACGAAGCGGAGGAGUCAGAUUCAGACUUACCUCGAUCAUAACGGCGGAGCCGGCGUGCAACACCUCGCGUUGGCGACUGAUGAUGUGUUUCAGACAUUGAGGGAGAUGAAAGCGAGGUCGACGGCAGGGGGUUUUGAGUUUAUGCCCCCGCCUCCUCCGACGUACUACGUUAAUCUCCGGCGACGCGCAGGCGAUGUGCUGACCGAGGAGCAAAUAAAGCAGAGCGAGGAUCUGGGAAUCCUUGUUGAUAGGGAUGAUCAGGGAAUUUUGCUCCAAAUAUUUACCCGACCAGUCGGAGACAGGCCAACCCUAUUUCUUGAGAUCAUACAGAGGAUUGGUUGCAUUAUGAAGGAUGAAGAAGGGAAGGAAUACCAAAAGGGGGGAUGUGGAGGCUUCGGCAAAGGCAAUUUCUCGGAGCUUUUCAAGUCCAUUGAAGAUUAUGAGAAAGCCCUGGAUGCCAAGCAGCAAAUUACAGCAGCUCAAGCUUAAAUUACUGAAUAGGAGCUUGGAAUGAAACAUUUCUUUUUCAGAUAUCUUUGUUCCAAUAAGCUCGUUUCUGUAAUAAUUUGUUCGAGCUUGACUGACAAAUGAGGGUGUAAGUGGUUUAUUAUUAUUUGUAUUAAUAUCAACGAAUGCAACAUGAACUCUGUAUUUUGUCCAUUUGUAUGUAAAAGCCAAUAACUUAAAAGUUUUAUUAAUUUAUCA